UUAGACAUCAAACACUUCUAAAUAAGAUCGAGCUCAAUUUACAUAAGCAUUUUUUUUAUAGUUUCUAGUAGAAUAGCCUGGAAACUUAAAGAUGAAGCAACAGUACUCAAUCUCCUCCAUUUCAGUUUUCCUUCUUUUCCUCCACUAUACCAAUACCUUUGCCCAGUCACCAGCAGCAGCCCCAGCGCAGGCACCAGCAGUAGUCGUAGCACAACCCCCAGCCGCAACUCCAACACAGGCAGCUGCUCCACACGGCAUCACCAACGUCACCAAAAUCCUUGAGAAGGCUGGCCACUUCACGAUCUUUAUCCGCCUUUUGAGAUCCACCCAAGAGGAAAACCACUUGUUCUCCGCGCUUAAUGAUUCAAGCUCUGGUGUAACCAUCUUUGCACCCACAGAUAGUGCAUUUUCGGAACUCAAAUCAGGAACUCUCAAUACUCUAAGUGAUGGUGACAAGUCUGAGUUGGUGAAGUUCCACGUAGUUCCAACAUUCCUAUCCACUUCCCAGUUUCAGACUGUAAGUAAUCCUCUUGGAACAUGGGCUGGAACAGGUAGUAGGUUACCACUUAACGUAACAAGUUAUCCAAACUCGGUGAACAUAACCACAGGACUUACCAAUACAAGUUUAUCUGGCACGGUAUACACGGACAACCAGCUAGCCAUUUAUAAGAUUGAGAAGGUGCUACUUCCUAAGGACAUUUUUGCUUCUAAGGCCCCAGCUCCAGCACCAGUAGCACCCGCACCAGAAAAGCCUACUAAGGCAGUUCCUGCAGCUAAUGUUGAGAGUCCUGUUGCUCCAGUGGAUAUAUCUGGCGCAGUCAUGUUCACGCGUAAUAACGUGGUUGGAUCAGUUGGUGCAGUUGCUGCUGCAAUCUUUGCUUUAUAAUGUAGAAGGGUUUGAAUCUCGAGAUGAGAUAAGCUGGGUUGGGUCCGGCAGCGUCUAAAUUUUCUGAGUUGGAUUGAAAGCUUGGUGUGUGUUGAAUAAUUCUGAUUUUACUUUGAAUCCAGUUUGUAUGAUUUUAGGUUA